GUCAUCAGCCGAUGCUUUGAGAGGCCAGAAAGAAGAUAACAGAGACAAUUUCUUCCUUCAUCUUCAGGAUUUCUUUCGAUUCCAAUCUGCCUCAAUCAUCACUCACAGCCCAGCAAAAUGUCUGCAGAAGUACCCAAAGAUCUCCCUGAGAUGGAGUACCGCUUCGUCGGCAGGAGUGGUCUCCAGAUCUCUGCCAUUUCCCUCGGAGGCUGGCUCACAUACGGAGGACAUGUCGGCGACGAAAACACCUUCGCUUGCCUCAAAGCCGCCUUCGACGCUGGCAUCAACUUCUUCGACGCCGCCGAGUCCUAUUCCGGCGGCGAAUCCGAGCGCGUCAUGGGUCGAGCAAUCAAGCACUUUGGCUGGAACAGGAAUGACAUUGUCGUUUCGACGAAGAUCUACUGGGGCACCCACAACUCGACCCUCCCCUCCCCCCGCAACAAAAUCAACAACCUCGGCCUCAGCCGCAAGCACCUAAUCGAAGGCACAGACGCAGCUCUCGCUCGCCUCCAACUCUCGUACGUGGAUAUCAUCUACGCGCACCGCCCCGACCGGCAAACUCCCAUGGAAGAAACAGUCCGCGCCUUCAACUUCCUGAUCAACACCGGCAAAGCCCUGUAUUGGGGCACAUCCGAGUGGCUGCCCAGCGAAAUCGAAGAAGCCUGGGCGGUCGCGGAUAGGCUGGGCCUCAUUGGUCCGGUGGUUGAGCAGCCGGGGUACAGUCUGCUCAGGAGGGACAAGGUGGACGAUGAGUUCAAGAAUGCCAAGUUGUUCGAACGAAGAGGACUCGGGCUUACCGUUUUCUCGCCGCUGGCUGGUGGGCUGUUGACGGGGAAGUAUAUCGACGGUGUUCCAGAGGACAGCCGUCUCAAGACGAGUGAUGAUCCAUACAUUCAGAGCGUGAUCAAGACGGUGGAUACGCCGGCGUGGAAGGAGCAGCAGGAUAAGAUUCGGGAGCUUAUCAAGGUUGCUGAAGGGCUUGGCACCGAUGUUGCGACAUUGUCAAUGGCGUGGGUGUUGAGUAACAAGAACGUUACGAGUGCGAUUACGGGAGCAUCGAGGCCGGAGCAGAUCUAUCAGACUGUCAAGGCGAUCGAUGUGUAUAGGAAGCUGACGCCGGAGGUGCUGGAGAAGAUUGAGGGUAUCUUUAAGAACAAGCCAGCGGAGGUUACGCCCAGGUUCGGCGUUUGAGGAGAAUGGCACGAUAGUACACAGACAUCGAAAUGCGAUUCCACAAUCCACAUAGGCAAUUCAAGAUGUC